UUAUUAACUAAAAUUUCGUGUAGAAUGAACGUAUUUUGAUUUCAUUUUUUUUAUACUUUAAUAUUUUUUUUAUGGUCACUUUAGGAGGAUAAAAUUAUACCAAACUUAAUUUUAGGUACAAAAUUUUUAGUAAAAGUAUCAAGAUGAGGGAAAUCGUCCAUAUCCAGGCUGGGCAAUGCGGAAAUCAAAUAGGCGCUAAAUUCUGGGAGGUAAUCUCUGACGAGCACGGCAUCGACCCCACAGGUGCCUACCAGGGGGACUCUGACCUACAGCUGGAGCGUAUCAACGUGUACUACAAUGAGGCGACAGGCGCGAAGUACGUGCCGCGCGCCGUGCUGGUUGACUUGGAGCCCGGCACAAUGGAUUCCGUUCGCUCCGGACCCUUCGGGCAGAUCUUCCGGCCGGACAACUUUGUAUUCGGACAGUCCGGAGCCGGCAACAACUGGGCCAAAGGCCACUACACUGAAGGGGCUGAGUUGGUGGACUCUGUGCUGGACGUGGUGCGUAAGGAGGCAGAGGGCUGCGACUGCCUGCAAGGAUUCCAGCUGACGCACUCGUUAGGCGGCGGCACGGGCUCCGGCAUGGGCACACUACUCAUCUCAAAGAUAAGGGAGGAGUAUCCAGACCGCAUAAUGAACACGUUUUCCGUGGUGCCCAGCCCAAAGGUAUCGGACACGGUGGUGGAGCCUUACAAUGCCACGCUGUCUGUUCACCAGCUGGUAGAGAACACUGAUGAGACUUUCUGCAUAGACAACGAGGCGCUGUACGACAUCUGUUUCCGCACGUUGAAGCUGACGACUCCGACGUACGGCGACCUGAACCACCUAGUGUCGGCGACCAUGUCCGGCGUGACGACGUGCUUGCGGUUCCCAGGCCAGCUGAACGCGGACCUACGCAAAUUGGCCGUCAAUAUGGUGCCGUUCCCACGCCUGCACUUCUUCAUGCCAGGCUUUGCGCCGCUGACGUCGCGCGGCAGCCAGCAGUACCGUGCGUUGAGCGUGCCAGAGCUCACUCAGCAGAUGUUUGACUCCAAGAACAUGAUGGCGGCAUGCGAUCCACGCCACGGCCGCUACCUUACCGUGGCUGCAGUCUUCCGAGGCCGCAUGUCCAUGAAGGAGGUGGACGAACAAAUGCUCAACAUACAAAAUAAAAACAGCAGCUACUUCGUCGAAUGGAUACCGAAUAACGUGAAGACCGCCGUCUGCGAUAUUCCGCCUCGGGGAUUGAAAAUGUCUGCGACGUUCAUUGGCAACACGACGGCCAUACAGGAGCUGUUUAAGAGGAUAUCGGAACAGUUCACCGCAAUGUUUAGAAGGAAAGCUUUCCUGCACUGGUACACAGGUGAAGGUAUGGACGAGAUGGAGUUCACGGAGGCGGAGAGCAACAUGAAUGACCUGGUGUCUGAGUACCAGCAGUACCAAGACGCGACGGCGGACGACGAGGGAGAGUUCGACGAAGAAGUUGAAGAAUAAUCGUUUGUCUUGUCCAAUGUUUUGUGCAUUCCACGUUAAUGUCUUGUCCAUGUUUUGUCCCUUAAAUGUUUUGUGCAGUGUUUAGUGUUAGGCGUAACCUAUAUGUAUAAUCGUUAUCUAAAAUAAACAUUUUAUUAAAAUCUGC